UUUCCACUGGAUCCAGCCUCGGACCCACCAGUCAGUGACUCGUUCAGGCAAGGCACCUUACCGACUGCUGCGGUAGCCGGAGCGCUUCCAUCUGCCGCGCCGCGAUGCUUCUCCUCGGCAGCCAAGCAUACUCCAUUCGCCCCCGCUCCCCACUUCGCCACUCGCCGCCUCUGACCCUGGUCCCCCGUCUCCGUCUCCGACCUCACUGAUCAGGCUCAGCUCACAUGGACGCUACCGACCAGUCGCCGGAGGAGGUGUAUUCCGUGUGGGCCCUCCCGCCGGAGUCUGUCCGCGACCGCCUCCGCCGCAUCAUGGAGGUCCUCCGCGCCGCUCACGGUGGCCCGGCCUUCGAGCCGCACGCCACCGUCGUCGGGGCCAUCCGUCUCCGCAGGUCACAAGCUAUCGAGAUGGUCCGCGCCGCCGCAGCCGGCGUCCGCCCCUACACUGCCCGCGUCGUGGGGGUCGCCCGCGACGACUUCUUCUACCAGUGUGUCUACCUCCUCCUCGAGCCCACCCCCGAGGUAGUGGGAGCGAGCGAUCACUGCUGUGCCCACUUUGGUUACGAGAGAUCAGCUCCGUACAUGCCACACGUCAGCCUCUUAUACGGAGACCUGACAGAAGAGGAGGAGGAGGCACGGAAGAAGGUAGAGGAACUAGACAAGGAUAUCUGUGGACUGCAGUUUGAGAUCUCUGAGCUUGCGCUUUAUAGAACGGAUACUGAGGAUAAAAGCUUGGAUUCAUGGGAAAUGGUGGAGGUGCGCCAUCUUGAGAAGAAGUGAUUUGUUUACUCCCUGUGGUGAUUCUGCUGUAAGUUAAGUUUGAGAAUGCUUUCUAAGCACCUGUUUGUUUUACUUUCUAAGCACCUGUUUGUUUUACUGAGUAAGCGCUAGUUCGUUUCACUGGUAGCACUUCUAAUCAGAGUAAGGAAUAAUGUAAAAGCGUAUCGGAGUAAGAAAUAAUGUAAAAUCAUUGAUGUAUCUUGGGUUUUCCGUGAAAGGUACUUUGGGUAUUUAGUUUGUUCUGAGUUUGUUGAAUAAAACCUGUUGAAAUGCAAAGCAGGUGCUCUGUAAGGACCUGAAACUGUAUUGGGUGUUCCUUGGAAAAUACUUUGUCUGAUUGGAUAAUCAAA